AUGACUGUGGCUAUUGAUGAUGAGAAUACUACCGGAGUCAUACCCCCAACACCUCUGCAGGCAAAGAAGAUUGAAACUUUAGAGGCCAGGAUACCCAAGCUUCACGAGCAGAUUAAAAAAAACGGACUAGCUAUUGUCAAAGCCAGAGAGAGACUCAAUGAGUUGGUUAAGGAAUAUGGGGGCCCUCCGGAUGCCGCUGGUAUCGUCAAAGAGCAUAUUCGGCUUCUCCACGACUAUAAUGAAAUCAAAGACGUUGGGCAAGGGUUGAUCGGACUCAUUGCUCAAAGCCGUGGAGUGAGACACAUUGAAGUACAAACUGAGUUCGGAAUAGCUACCGCAGAUUAA